CGUGCAGCUUAGACCAGCGCACGAGGCAAACAGGGCAGUGACUCUCCGCUUGUUUUUCCGACAGGGGGCCAGUGGAGUAAAGCGCAGGGGAAUAACGGUACCCUGCAGACAUAUUGUGUCGUUACAGAGUAUUUGUGUCGGCGCGGUGAAGAAGAAGAGGAGGACCGGAGGAGGAGGCUGUGUGUGCGACUAUCACGAAGAGAGCGAGGGGGAGCGCAUACCAGAGGCACCGCUAUCAUAACUAAUUCAUUGUCGCUCCGGACCGGUGGCUGCCCACUAAUAAGGCCGACACACUCACACGGGGGGCUGUGGUGAGGAGUGACAGGAGGCAAGAUGGUGGAUUACUAUAACAUUCUGGGAGUGCCCAAAACAGCCUCUCAGGACGACAUCAAGAAGGCGUACAGGAAACUGGCACUGAAAUGGCAUCCAGACAAAAAUCCAGACAACAAAGACGAAGCAGAGAAGAAGUUCAAAGAACUGGCUGAGGCUUAUGAAGUCCUCUCUGACACAAGUAAGCGUGAUGCAUAUGACAGAUUUGGAAAUGAAGGAAUGCGACAGACAGGUUCCUCCAGCGCAGACUUCUCAUCAGAUUUCCCAGGAUUCACCUUCACAUUCCGCAACCCAGAUGAGGUGUUCAGAGAGUUUUUUGGCGGCCAGGAUCCCUUCGCUAGCCUCUUUGAUGAUUUCUCAUCAUUUGGAACCUCGUCCUCUCGUCUCGGCCCCAGCCGGUUCUUUUCAUUUCCAUCAGCAGGAGUUGAUUUUACCUCCUUCUCCUCUUCCUUCGGUGGUCUGGAUGGGAUGGACAGCUUUGGUGGAGGGAUGGGCAACUUCAAAUCAGUUUCUACCUCCACUCGCAUCGUAAAUGGCAAACGCACCACCACCAAGAAGAUAAAAGAGAACGGACAGGAAAGAACAGAGAUUGAGGAGGAUGGGGUCUUAAAGAGUGUCCUAAUUAAUGGUGUGGAGGAUGAAAUGGCCCUCGCGCUAGAGCUGAGCCGACGAGAGGGUCAGCCCCGUCAGUCACCUCAGAGGUCGCAAAUCCAAAACAGAUCACACGCCGAGCCUGACAAAUCUCGCUCCAGCCCUUACACCGCAGCCACACGUCGAUCAUUUAGCUCCGCCCCCUUCUACAACUACGGGGUUGCGGGCAGCAGUGACGAUGAAGAAGAUGACGAAGACCUGCAGAUGGCUUUGGCAUGCAGCCUGUCAGAAAUGGAAGCCCAGCAGAGAGCAGCUGCUACCGACUUCAUAUCAGGUGCUGGGGGUGGGGGCAGCAACAAAACUGGUGGCCAGAAAGGAGGUAGGGUUUUUAAGUCUACAAAUAUUAAUGUAGAAUAUAGUGAAAAGGUGGUUUCAGGAGGAAAAGAAGAGGAGAGGCAGUUUAAAAUGGGCUCAGGGCCUGGAGGUAGGUGGGAAGAGAAGGGAAAGGAAACAAGGGAACCAGACUUCUCUCCCGAGUCAUCUACAACUGCCACCACUACGUCACUAAGCCAAACCAGUGAAGAAGAGUUUGAACCAGCCGUGAAAAGUAGUGAUGGCAGUGUGAAAAAGAAAAAGAAGUGCGGGUGUAUUGUGUGCUAAUGCAGUGUGUGUGUAUUUGGGAUGCCUUAUUUUUUUAUACUUACCUCAGUGUUCUGCUUCCAGCCAGACUCUAAUGUGAUGUGGUGUCCAGACUCUUAAUUUGAGGCAGUGCCUCAACUGAUCACAUAGCUUUCAUGCAGUCUUAACACCUCUAAAAGAGACAGCGAGCUUGACAGGGUGCCAACACAGACAGUACCAUACAACUGCCCAUGCAUCUACAUGAUAAAAAAGAAUGUGAAGCAAUAGAGAGGAUUGUAUCUGAAUGUACUGUAUGUAAAUUUGCCAAAUAUUUGCAUAGACUGAAAACAGUGGGAUUAAGAGGGAUUUAGUUGUGGCCAAGUUGGUGUUGUAUGUGCGUGUACAUGUUUUUCUGUGUGCGUCUGUGUGUGCCAUAGAAGUUUCUCAUUCUGAUGCUCUGGCAAAGGGAAUGUAUCAGAACUGUGUCACAUUCAGCCCAGUCUCAAACAAUAGAUCAAAGUCUACAGCAGGACACAGAACUUUCUCUGGUGGUUUGCAUCAUGACAUAAAAACUAAUUUGAUCAAGAAGAGACGUCGGUUUAUUGGUCAGCUGAUACUAAUUUCUAGAACCUAUUUAUAUAUGUAGAAAAACAUACAUGUCUUUGCCUUAAUACACUUUUACUAAACAAUCAUGACUAUAUUUGUUCAGAUUGUAGAUUGAUAGAUUAGUUGGAUGGUAAAGCACUGUGUACAAUGUGUACAGCAUUAUGACUGAUUGUAAUCACAGUUACAGAUAAUCAUUAUAUAAAUUUUUACACAUUUUGAUCCUUUUAGUGCCUUCAACUACUUUAUUAUGUUUGCAUAAUGCAUACAUUGCCACUGCAAAUGUGCCAUGUUAGAACAACUAAUGUAUUUAAAGCACAGCUUUACAUUAGUGAGAGGAUAGUCUGAGGAGUGAGUCAUCGAAUUCAGCUGUGUUGUUAUGGUUGUGAGAAGGGUUAGAAAUAUGGAGCUUCAUCGCCAAAUCAAUGCUCGGUUUGUUUUCCCUUGCACUGGUUUGAACUGUCAGUGUAGGGGAGGUGCUGUAGCUGCCUUUUCCUUCUGUCAACAUCUGUUAAGUGCAACCUGAAAACACUUAACCCCACCUGCCCCAGUUUAGCUGUAGUCUCCCAUAGCCAGACCUAUCUUGGGCUGUGUCAGCGCUCACAAAGGCACAAAGGGAAGAAAAUGCUUGUUUUGUAUUUCUCUAAGGCAGGCAUCAGCAACCUCUACUAUCAAAUGAGCCAUUUUUUAAGCCUAUUUAAUCUAAAUUAACAUAUGAACAUUCCUGAUAGGUCUAAAUGAGCAUGCGUUAAUAUGUAUUACAUCAAAAGAACUACUCUGCAGUGGGAUAUUUAUAUUUAUUUGGUACUUAAAGUCUGCAGCAUUAGUAGUGAAAGCAAAAAAAUCUGUCCACUCACUAUAAAAUUCUCUAUUUUCCCCUGAGACCUUUUCUUUUUUUUGGAUUUGGAUCAGUAGCUAGCCUCACUAAGGAGACUCAAGACUAGCUAUCACAAUUGACAUCGGCAAAUUGUAAGAAAAGGUGCCAGGCCGUAGAUGUAUGACGCACAUAGUUGACGAGAUGCUAAAACAUUGGGGGGUUUUUUCAGGGCUACAUAUUUAUACAAUUAGAAAAUGUAAGGAUCACUUUAGGGCUACAACAAUGAUAAAUAAAAAUUAAAAUGUUAAAAAAAUAAUUGUUCAGUUUUUGUCCAAGCCACAAGGAGCCACUGGAGAAGUGCUAAAGAGCUGCAUGUGGUUCCUGAGCAGCAGGUUGAUUACCCCUGCUCUAAACCAAAUACAGUCGUCUUGGGUGGUGCUAAGCCCAGGUGCAGCCAUGGUGCCCUUGCAAAAUAAAGAAGCAAAAGAAAAUGCCACAUAGAACAUUAAAAGAUGUUAUAGCGUGCAGUUUGCUAGCUAGGAGGUAGUUGUUGUUGCUUCACACGCAGAGCUCAAACGAUCUGUGGAGUUAGGUCUGGCUAUGCGAGACUAGUUCCAUGUAGCGAUGGGGAGUUUGGAAAUGUGUUAUCAUCUGAGAUAGGAGGCCAGUGACAGUCCAUAUUCCCACAGUCUACAUGCUGUGAGUCAGGCUAUUAUAGCUGCUUAGUGCACAAAAUGACACUGUUGUGUAAUGUUGUCUGUCGAAAGCUAAAGUAAGAUUGCAUUAAUAGUUAAAAAAGUAUUAAUAAUCUUCCAAGAAUGUAUCUUGAGGUGAGUUAAAAGAAUCAAUCAAAAAACUCUCUAUUUUGGUUUGAGAAUCUGAUGUUAUAUUUUUGCAGUCUACAUUCAUACAUCAUCAUUAAUGAAUAAUUCAUGGCAGCUACUGCUGUGAUGGGUUUUGUCUCAAGACCACAAAAUGUUUGUUGGCAUACGUAUAUGCGAGCUACACUACACACACACACACACACACACACACACAUAGAGGAAUACUUAUAAGAGUUUUAAAUGUGAUUGUGGUCUGUUAAAUAAGGCUGAAAGUGAAAGACAGUCCUGUUGGUGCCAAAACACAAAGGUGUUAUAAAAUGAUAUAAAAAAAAAAGACUACUGUUCAAAGACACGUCUGUCUCAACAAGUACCUUAUUACAGGCAGUGUCCCUUUUCCUGCCCAGCCUUUACACUGCUUAGAGAGCACAGUAAUAGGGUUGCAGUGGUAUAAGAUUUUCAGGGUGCAAUAAACAUCUCUGAAAAUAUCACGGUUUCACAGUUACACAAUUAUUAUUAUUUUUACUAUUAUUUUUAUUAAUAAUAAUAAGUUGCAAUGAACCUUUACGAAAUUAAAAAUUAGUUCUUUAGGUUUAUUUAAUGGAAAUAUGUGUAAAAAGUCUGACAGGCAGUCCAGGAGGAAAAGAGAUUUUUUUUCAAUACCUUAAAUAAGGAAAUGUACAUGAUACUAGUAUUGUUAAUUCUACCGGGAAACCUUUAUACCGCUGCAACCCUAUAGUUUGUUAUUUGGUGGUCAUGUAUUUUUCACGAGUGCUUGGUUUAUUUUGCAUUGCAUGAGUUUUGCUUUCACUUUAAAGGAUAACUAUCAUCACUGGCAAAAAUGAAGCAGAUCUGUGAGAGCAUAUCAUCAGUUUAAACAGAUUCAAAUACUUGUUGUUGUCUCUGAGUUGUUUUAUCACUUCUCCUCUCCAAACUGUUAUUGCGUGGAGAGCGAAUGAGAAAGAGGCAGAUGGUUUCACUUAUAAAAAUAUAUAUAUAUAUAUAUAUCCGCUUGUAUCAUUUGUACUUCACUGACCUGCCAAGUUUUUUGUUCUUUUUAUUUUCAGAUUGUUAAAAAGGGAAAUAACAAAUAAAGAUUGAGCCGAAGAGGAUAUUUGGAUAUUUGAUUUUUUUCAAAAUACGGCAGUAACAGUUCUGCAUUUUACACCAAUUGUCACUGAUUACAUGCUUUACUAAUACCACCAUUACUACUACAUCAAAAGAUAGAUGAUGAACUGCAGUGCUGCUAGCUCCGUCAUUCAUUCUGAGUGAUUCUCCCCCCAUGUAGAUCAGCCAUUUUAAAAUUAAUGAGUGCAUAUAGUUCAAUUUAAAAACUCAAUAAGGGCCACAGAACAUGAUCAGUGUCCUUAUAUUUGUGUCCAAAUCCAAUUUCUCCCUAUUUACUUACUCAAGCCCUUUACAUUCCCUCAAGAGCUGAUCAUUACAAGUCUGCCUGUUUCUCAGCUGUUCAUCUCUACUCACCCAUGGCCUAAACUUUAUUUUAUGCAAGAAAGUUUCACCUGUUUUCACUGCAAACUAAGCCGCUUUAAGAUUUUUAUUGUCACUAUGAUCUUGAUGUCUCUAUAAUCUGUCGAAACAUAAAGUGCCAUGUGGAAGUUCAUGUAGCGCUAUCAGACAUUAUGUUUUCUGCUGAUCUCUUCUGCUCACAUUUUAAUUUCGCUCAUGUUAUGAGCUCCUCUUUGCUGUAAAUAGAUUUUAUUGUGACACUUAAAAAAAAUAAAGCACUAUUUUUUAAA